AUGCAUGGAUUAAUGAAUGAGGUAACUAAUGAAGAGAGUAAUAGUACAUCAACAACAGUUCCUAAUAAACCAACUGUUGUUAUACGAAAACGAAAACUUCGACAAGUGAAAUCAUUAAUAAAAUCUUCAAUUGACAAAUUAACUAGUGAGACACAACAAGAGCAAAAUACAAAGAAAACAUCAACAAAUACAUCUAUUGAUAAAAGACCGUUUCCUUUUGGACAUUGUCGUGUAUGUACCGAUAAGGCUACUGGUGCUCAUUAUGGCGUGCCAACUUGUGAAGGAUGCAAAGGUUUUUUCAAGCGAAGCAUAUUGAGAAAAGAAAAAUAUCGUUGUUACUUUGGUGAUAAAUGCAUUAUUAAUAGUGACAACCGUAACAGAUGUAAAUCGUGUCGUUUUCAAAAAUGUCUCAAAGAAGGCAUGUCUGUCGAAGGUGUACGAAUGGGUCGAAUACCUAAAUCAGUUAAAGAAAAAGCGUUAGCUGAACAUACAUCAUCUAGUAUAGAAAAUGAAGAUCCAACUCAAUUAUCUCCAUUACCUAUCCCAGCAUUAACUUCAAAUUCAAAUAAUCCAUUAUCAGCAUCAUCUAUAGUCGAUUUACAAAUACCAUCAAUUGAUGAACAUUUAUUUUUUGCUGAUUUAGAUAAUGUACCUAUUGAUAGUCAAUUAAAUUGUCAUACACCUCCACCGUUAACAACAACAACAAGAUCAUUAACAUGUCAAAGAUAUGAAUUACCAGACAAUUUUACGAUUGAUGAAACAAAACAAGAAGAAAUUGAAGAUGAUGAACGUAUUGUUAACUUAGAUCCUCAAGCAUUAACAAAUUAUAUGACAAAUUGUGAAGAAUAUUUUGCUAAUAAUGUUAUUGAACGUAUGAAAAAUAUUGUUCAAAAAAUAGCACAUCCAACAGAUUGUACAGAACUUGAUUACGAAGAAUCAUCGUUUAUUCGACAUCUUCGAUGGAAAAUGUUUGAUUUAAGUAAUACAUAUAAUGGACGAACAAGACAAUUAAUUGAAAGAAUGAAUUGUAUGAUUCGUCUUGAAAUUGAAGAUUUUCCAGGAAAAUCUUCUUCACUUCAUGAUAUUUGGGCUGGUCUGACAGAUGCUAUUCCAUUCCAUGUAAAAAAUCUCAUUACUUUCGCAAGAGAAAUGCCAGCAGUGAAUGAAAUUGAUUCCGAUGACUUUCAUAAAAUAAUGAAUAAUCGUCUAUUUGAUUUUUGGCUUAUUAAACAUGCACCAUUGAUACUCAACAAUGAAUCAUAUAUGAUGUUACCUAAUGGUCUUCAAUAUACACGUCAAUGGAUGAAUACAAUUAUUGGCGAAGAAAUGGUUCAAACAAUGUUUCAAUUUGCUAAUAAAUAUAAUGAAUUAAAUUUAACGCAUGAAGAACAUGCUCUAAUAUUUCCUGCUGUGAUUUGUGUGAAAGAUGAAACACUUCAAGAUCAAGAAACAAUUCGAAACAUACAAUAUUGUUAUCUAUAUGCAUUAUAUAUUCAAAUGUUGACAACACGUACACAAUCGCAAUCAAAAGCAGUAUUCCGUAGUCUUCUUCAGAUAUUUGCUUAUUUACCUUUAUUGAAUGAAUUACAAGAGAAAAAAGUUGGUUCACUUUUUCCACCGAUUAAUACUAAUCAUCGGAAUUUCAGCACGCUUCGUCGUUUCAUGCACGAUGUUCUUUUAUUAGAAAUUCAUGACGUUGAUGAACAGUCAUGA